CAGCUGCUCGCACAAGCUCAAAAGCUCGGCAAGCGUCCACAGAAGGGCGCCACAGCAUCGCAGCCACACUGGAAAGCAACUUCCUUGACCGGUUUGGUUUUCGUGGUCGCAAUGGCUCGGCGGCGAGUUCUGACCUGGCUGGCUUCGGCAUUCCUUAUAGGCCAAGCCUUCACUGGCAGCCUGGGCCGAAUCCGAGCACGUGCGGUGCAAGCACAUGCGGAGCCCGAGCCGCGCGGCACUAGGGCCAUAGUGCAGCGGGCCUGGGGCCAAACUGGGGGAGCCAAACAGGUUGUACAUGUUGAACACCAUCGCGUUUCUGCAUUGCCCCAGACAUCUCACGAUAGACCAGCCAAGGUCCAAAAUCACGAAAGUGGAGAUAUGUAUCCACAGAGAUUGCAAGCGCCGGGGUGGAGGACAAAAGCUCAAAUCAGUUUUUGAGGAGCUGGCAGAUGGAACCGGCAUUGAGGUUGGGGAGUACGAUUGCUUCGACGAAUGCCCCUUCGGACCAAAUGUCAGGACGCUUGAAGGCCCGGAUGACCAGUUUGGCCGAGUUCUGAACGGCGUGAAGGGCAAGGCUCAAAUCGCAAAGAUACUUGGAGUGGAGCCGCCGGAGGAACCCUGA